CUAAUCAUCCACUCACUUUCACAAAAUAAACCAAGUUAUUAUUAGUUUUGUUUUGAUUAUUUGUCUUUAUCACGCAUUACCCCUUUGUUUUUGUUUUCUCUUUUCUUAUUGGAGGCCGGACAACCGAUGUUCAAAUGUUCAAGAAAGUCGUAGUGGGCAUAUCAGGUGGCGUUGACAGUGCAGUCAGUGCCUUCCUUUUAAAGGAAAAUGGUUACAAGGUACUGGGAGUCUUUAUGAAAAACUGGGAUGAAUUUGAUGAAAUGGGAAGAUGUUCGGGCGAACAAGAUCUAUUGGAUGCUGAAUAUACCUGCAACAAGUUAGGUAUUGAACUGCGACAGGUGAACUAUGUGAAAGAGUAUUGGAAUUCAGUGUUUACUAACUUCUUGGAAGACUAUGAGCGAGGCUUGACCCCCAAUCCGGACAUUUUGUGUAAUAAACACAUAAAAUUUGAUUUAUUCCAUAAACAUGCUUUGGAGCGACUGGGAUAUGAUGCCAUUGCCACUGGACAUUAUGCCAAGACAAAUUUUGGUCCUUUUCUGGAGAAUUAUGAAGAAAGCAAAGAUGUCCAUCUACUCAUACCGAAAGACACAUUUAAAGAUCAGACAUUCUUUCUUUCGGGUAUUCGACGUGAAACUUUAAGAAGGACCAUGUUUCCCCUGGGAAACUAUUUGAAGUCUGAAGUCAAGGAAAUAGCCAAGAGCUGUGGCCUGGAAAGAUUGACACAGAAAAAAGAAAGUACGGGCAUUUGUUUUGUGGGUAAUCGCGAUUUUAAGGAAUUUAUUAAGGAGUACAUUGCCUCAAAGCCCGGAGAUUUUGUGGAUAUUGAUAGCAAUAUGGUUGUGGGUCAUCACGAGGGCAUACACCAAUGGACAGUGGGCCAACGUUGCCGUUUAAAAUCGUUUCGUAAACCCUAUUAUGUAGCCCAAAAAGACGUCGCAACCAACACAAUUUAUGUUGCCUAUGGCCAUGAACAUCCUAGCCUUUAUUCAAAUCAAAUUUUUGCCACUAACAUUAAUUGGUUGUGUUGCGAAAAUCCUUUUGACAUGCCAAAUUCUCCUCCUUUAAGAUGUAGAUUUCGUUUUCAACACACAAAACCUCUGGUGGAUUGUACAAUUUAUAGAAAAUCGCCUAAUAAUAAGACUGAUGUUAUUGUAAUGCUAGACAAACCUUUGAGAGCUGUCACACCCGGCCAAUAUGCUGUGUUCUAUAGUGAUACCGAAUGUUUGGGUUCUGCGCGAAUUGUGGAAGCCAUAAACGAUAGUGACCACAAACGAGUGGAAAAUUUAAAAAAUAUUUUGGAAAAUUCAUGACACAGGCUGGAGGAGGCUGUUAUUAAAAUUUAAAAAAAAAAAUAAAUAAAUUAGACUA